AACGCAGCACGAAGCUUGACAGCUAAACAAGCCAAUAUGGCGGCCGCUAGCUAGGUAACCCGAACAGAACACACCUUGGUCUUUUAUUAUCUUUGUCAGCAGUCAGGAAAUCACCUGGGCCUAUCAAGCAUCUCUGAGCGGGACGGUGUCGGAUAUUUUUUCCUCUUUUCCGGAUGUUAUUUAGCUGGAGUCCGGUAUGUCGGGGCUGAUAGGGAGUCAAGGAGACUCGCAGGCUGGGGAGAAGUGACAACACCAGCGAGCCGACGGCUGACUGUCUCUGUUUGGUCCCCUCACCUGACGACCGGGAUGUCCCGCAGGUAAGCUCCGCCCCCUCUAUGAGCCAGCCCCUCCCUGUCCCUGCUGAUGAUGUCAUCGCCUCCAACGAAGUCCCCCGACUCACCCGCUCCCAGACCCCAGCUGCCGCCCUCUACUGCCCUGGAUUCCCUGUCCAUAUCCUCCCUUCUAUCUGGGGAUCUGGACAAUGAAGGAGAGGGGGAAAGAACAGGUGAAGAGGAAGGACUGGGAGACCUGGAAGUCAACCCGUAUGAUGGUUUACCCUUUUCUUCACGCUACUAUUCCCUUCUGGAAGAGAGGCGGCAGUUUCCUGUAUGGAAGCUCAAGCAGAGUCUUCUGGAGCAUCUGGAGAGCCACAACAUGGUACUGGUCAGCACCCCCAGUGGAUCUGGAAAGAGCACCCAGGUUCCUCAGUGGUGUGUGGAGUUUGCUUUAUCCUACGAGUUUUCUCACGGCCUGGUGUGCUGCUCCCAGCCCUCCUCUGUGGCGGCGGUGAGCCUAGCUCUUCGUGUGGCCGAUGAGAUGGACCUCAGCCUGGGCCUGGAGGUGGGCUACAGGGUGUCUCACGAUGACAGCUGCACACCUGACACUUUGCUCAGGUUUGUGAGCGACACUCUCCUAUUGGAAGAAAUGAUGUCGGACCCUCUGCUGCAUCAGUACGGCAUCGUGAUCCUGGACGAGCUCCAGGAGCGCACGGUUCCCACCGACGUCCUGCUGGGCCUGCUGUGUGACGUCUGCCGCCAGAGGCAAGACAACUUCCGGGUGGUUCUCCUCACCCACCCCUCACUUGCACCACGCCUCUCUGCUUUCCUGGGACCCUCCAUCCCUCACCUCUCCUUAGACGGCCCGCUCGCUGAGCCCCCCAGCAGGGAUCAGGAAAAGAAGACGGAGAUUCUGUACAGAGAACUUUCAUCGGGGAGGGAACCGGUGGCUGCCGCCUGCCACAUGGUGCUGGAUCUGCACCGGAGAGGAGAGGAAGGAGAUGUGAUGGUGUUUCUGGCUAGUCCACAGGAGAUAGAGGAGUGUGUGGCUCUGCUGGAGAAGGAGUGUGUGUCUCUGAGUCCUCAGCUCGGACCUCUACGAUUCUUCCCCCUCCACGCCGGACUGGGUGGGCAGAUCCAGCGGGUCUAUGAGUCUGACCGCGAGGUGGAGAACACCAGCUGUGAGGAAGGCUGUGGAGGUGUUAAAAGGAAGGUUAUCCUCACUGAUACGCUGGCGGAGGCCUCCUUCUCCCUGCAGGCAGUCCGCUACGUCAUAGACACGGGCCUUCAGCUGAGAACCGUUUAUAAUCCACAAAUCAGAGCGAACUCUCAGGUCUUGAGGACCAUCAGUAAACACCAGGCUAACAUGAGAACUGAGAGAGUCAACAGCCGCCUUCCAGGUCUGUGUCUCCGUCUCUACUCCCAGUCUCUGUAUGAUGAAGGGAUGGGGGAGGCUCAUUGUCCAGGAGUGAUGGAGGAGAAUCUCAGCCACUUGGUACUGUUGCUCAAAAGACUCGAUAUUGCAGACAUGGGACAGUGCAAGUUCUUGGACAGACCAGCCCCAGAGGCUCUGAUGCAGGCCUUGGAAGACCUGGACUAUCUUGCAGCUCUGGACGAUGAUGGUAACCUGUCGGAGGUGGGCAUCAUAAUGUCAGAACUGCCCCUGGAGCCCCCGCUGGCUAAAGCACUGAUUGCUGCCUGCGAGUAUGACUGUGUUGAUGAGCUGCUCACUAUCGCUGCCAUGCUCACCGCUCCAACCUGCUUCAUGACAGCAGAAAGCAGGAGAGAGGAGGCUGCUGUGGCCCUCUGGAGACCUCUGAUGCACCCAGAGGGAGAUCACAUGACUCUCAUUAACAUUUAUAACGCCUUCAUGGAGCACAAUCAGGACGAGGCAUGGUGCGUAGCCAACUUCCUGAGUCACGCUGCCUUACGAUUGGCUGUGGUGAUCAGGGCGGAGCUACUGGAGGUCAUGCAGCGCAUCGAGCUUCCUGUUUCUCCUCCUGCUUUUGGUUGCCAAGACAACUGCACAAAUAUCAAACGUGCUCUCAUCUCAGGGUUCUUCCUCAAAGUUGCUCAUGACGUGGAUGGGUCUGGGAACUACCUCCUGCUGACGCACCGCCAUGUGGCUCACCUUCAUCCUUUCUCCUCCUACCUUUGUCGCCAGCCGUGCCCGACCCCUCCCCCCUGGGUCCUCUACCACGAAUUCACCAUCUCCUGUGACAACUGCAUCCGCAUCGCCUCUGAAGUCCAUCCUCAAAUGCUGGUGGACCUGGCUCCCCAGUACUACCUAGGGAACCUUCCUUCCAGUGACGGUAAGGAUCUGCUGAUGGAGCUUCGUCAGAGUCUGGAGGCCCCAUCAAAUGAGUUGGACCUGGUGUCACAUGACCACAGCAGGACUUUGAGAGACACUGAUAGACCAGGAGAGACUCCCAGUCAGUCCAGCACAGAGCUCUGUGUGGUCCAGUGACGCAGGAGAAGAAGAGGAAGUUGCCCAGAGCUGAUCUGAGAGGUGGUACUUUUUUUUACCAUCUAUCCUCGUUCAGUCAUGUAGAUUUUUGAUGGACUUGUUCUGGAAACACUGAUGUUGUGUUCAGCUGUGAGAGAAGCUUUUUAUUUUCUAGAACUUUAAACUCUUAUUUAAACACCGAUUGAUGUUUCUGCUGAGGAGAAAUCCUUUUAACAAACCACUGAGGUUAUUUUUGUGAAGAAUGUUGAGUUGAAAGCCUCAGUGUGCUAAUAUUUAUGACCUCUGACUUCUAUGCACAUGGCUUUAAUGACAAACUGUAGCAAUGAUCCACAAAACUUUGACUUUUCCUCUUUCAACAUUUUGUGAAGGUUUGAUCCAGACUUUUCCUCCUCUGUCAAUAUUAAAACUUCAAAUAAAAAUGGUCUUUUUCAUGUUUGAAA